CCGCGACGCGGACGCGACGACGGCGACGCGCUCUCGGAUUCGCGAGCGGACGCGCGUCGAACGCGCUCGGGCGGCGUUUCGGACGCGCGAACGCGCGACGCCGGCGCGACGACGAAAAAGACGCGUCAUCGAUAAGAGGGACGGAUUCGAUGGCGAUGACGGCGAUGACGACGUCGACGCGCGUUGAACGCGGCGCGAGGACGACGGCGGCGAAGAAGACGACGAAGACGACGCGACGCGCGACGACGACGCGCGCGAACGCGGGAUCGAACACGAAGAACGCGCGAUUCGCGCUUUUGUUUGAUUGCGACGGCGUCAUCGUGGAGACGGAGGAGCUGCACCGGUUGGCGUACAACGGCGCGUUCGAGGCGUUUGAUUUGAAAAUCGACGGCGAGGGCGUGGAGUGGGUGGUGAAAUAUUACGACGUGCUGCAAAAUACCGUGGGCGGGGGGAAGCCGAAGAUGCGAUGGCAUUUUAACGAGGAUAAAAAGGCGUGGCCGACGUCGACGAUGUUCGCGGAGGCGCCGUCGAGCGACGCGGAUCGAGACGCGCUCAUCGACGCGUUGCAGGACAAGAAGACGGAAAUUUAUAAAAAGAUCGUCGAAGAAGUGGCUGUGGCGCGACCUGGGGUGCUCGCGCUCAUGGACGAGGCGAUCGCCGAUCCCUCCAUCGCGGUGGGGAUUUGCAGCGCGGCGACCAAGGCGGGCUUCGAAAAGGUUGUCAACUCCGUCGUCGGCGUCGAGCGUUUGAGCAAGCUCGACGUGCUCAUGGCUGGUGACGACGUCACGCGCAAGAAGCCCGAUCCCUUGAUCUACAACCUCGCCAGAGACAAGGUUGGCUUGCCCGCGAGCAAGUGCCUCGUCGUGGAAGAUUCCAUCGUCGGCUUGCGCGCCGCCGUCGGCGCCGACAUGGCCUGUCUCAUCACCCCGUGCGGCAGCAACAUCGGCGCCGAUUUCAUGGGCGAAGGCGCGAGCAAGGUCGUCAACGAUCUCGGCGCGGUCAAGCUCGCGAUGUUGUUCCCCGAAGGCGCGGAGACGCCCGCGUUCGACGGCUUGUAGUCGCCGACCGACCGACCGCGCGUCUCUCUCGCGCCAGUCCCUCGCUCGCGCCCACGCGCGUUCG